AUGACUAGAAAACACAAUUCAUCAUCAUCUCAACCUGCUUCGUAUUAUCCCUCCACUGUUCCCAAAUCCAAACAUGCAAAUAAAAUUCCAAAACAAAAGGUAUUAGAAGAAGAAGAAGAUGAUGAUGACAUCAGUAAUUAUAGUGAUGCAGACGCUGUUGAAUAUGAAACAGAAGAAGAAACAGAAAAAUAUGAAGAAGAAGAAGAAGAAGAAGACAAUGAUGAUGAUGCCGUUUCUGAAUCUAAUCCACUGCAUUGUGACCCAUCUUCCUCGAAAGAAGCACACAGUAGUGAUGUUCCAGAAAGCCCUUCAAAUUCAAUUUCUUCUUCUAAUGUCCCUAUUCCACCACAAACCAUGAAUGCAUUUUCAUACAUAAAAGUGGCUCCAUUACCCAUUUUUCGUGGCACUCCAAACGAAUCCCCAAUAACCCAUUUGAGUCGUUUCAACAAAAUAUGCAGAGCAAACAAUGCAUUCUCCAUUGAAAUGCAAAAGAAUAUCUUCCCCGUCACACUUGAAGAAGAAUCCGCACUAUGGUACGACCUCAACAUCGAGCCUUACUACAAUUCCCUUUCUUGGGAGGAAAUCAAGUUGUCGUUUUUGCAAGCAUAUUACGAAAUUGAACCCGUUGAGGAGUUAAAGUCAGAGCUUAUGGGGAUUUAUCAAGGUGAGCAGGAACGUGUUAGAUCCUACUUUCUAAGACUUCAAUGGAUUUUGAAGCGGUGGCCGGAACAUGGUUUAGAAGAUGAUGUUAUCAAAGGGGUGUUUGUGAAGGGAUUGAGGGAAGAGUUUCAUGAUUGGGUUCUCAUGCAGAACCCCAAAUCUUUGAAUGAUGCAUUGAGAUUUGCAUUUGAUUUUGAGCAUGUGAGAAGGAUUAGGGGAAAGAAGGAAAUGGUUUUGACUUGUGGGUUUUGUGAGGGGCCACAUGAAGAGAGUAGUUGUGGGGUUAGGGAAAGGAUGAGAGAAUUAUGGAGACAGAGUGGGAACAAAACCUGA